CUAUUCGAGGAGCAAAUGAAAAUGGAGGGCAGUUCUAUACUCCAUGCUUUCACUAACAUUUAUUUUGCCAUUUUUGCUCUGUUUUGCUUCAAGCUUUUAAUUAAGAUUUCCUUGGCUUUGCUGACUCAUUUCUAUAUUGUUAAAGGCAACAGAAAAGAGGCUGCCAGGAUAGCAGAAGAGAUCUAUGGAAUAGUCCCAGGCAGCUGGGCAGACCGAUCCCCUCUUCAUGACGCUGCCUUCCAAGGACGCCUCCUGUCAUUGAAAACCUUGAUUGCACAGGGUUUCAAUGUGAACCUGGUAACGAUGGACCGUGUGACGGCUCUUCACGAGGCCUGCCUGGGUGGCCACGUCGCCUGUGCAAAGGUGCUGCUGGAGAGUGGUGCUCAGGUCAAUGCAGUCACCAUCGAUGGGAUCACUCCUCUGUUUAAUGCCUGCUGCAGUGGAAGCGUGGCUUGUGUCAACAUGCUGCUUGAAUUUGGAGCCAAGCCACAGCCCAGGAACCACCUUGCAUCGCCUAUUCAUGAAGCUGUCAAGAGAGGUCACAGGGAGUGCAUGGAGAUCCUUCUGGCCCAUGAGGCUGACAUUGACCAAGAGGACCCACAGCAUGGGACCCCGCUCUAUGUGGCUUGCACAUACCAAAGAACAGACUGCGUCAGGAAGCUUUUGGAGCUAGGAGCCAACGUUAAUGCAGGGAAGCGAUUAGACACACCCCUCCAUGCGGCAGCAAGAAAAUCCAGUGUGGAUGUAGUUGUUUUACUGGCAGACUAUGGUGCUAACCUGAAAUGCAGAAAUGCUGAACUCAAAUGUGCCCUGGAUCUUGCCAUACCCAACAGCAAAGUGGAGCAGGCGCUUCUGCUACGGGAAGGUCCUGCCAGCCUUGCCCAGCUGUGCCGGUUGUGUAUCAGAAAACAUCUGGGUCGGUCGUGCCUAUACGCAGUUCACAAGCUGCACCUGCCUGAGCCACUUGAGAACUUUCUGCUUUAUCGAUAAGUCUGUGACUAUCUUUACAGUUGAGAAGAAAGAGGAACAAAUGGCUGUUUCCUCCAAAAUUCUUAUAUCAAAGAAAAAAAUCAAAGACAUCAUUUACUGUCUACUGUGGAUAUCAAACAUUAGCUGCUACCUGACAGUGCCAAUUGAAAACACCUUUUCACAGACAUUGAAUGAUAUUAUGGAUACAGUUCUCUCACAGUCUAUGGCCACAUCCACUUACACCAGCCUGAAAAGAUGUAGUACAUCGACAGCUCACUUGACGUGUUUGUAGAUGCAGCUGCACACAUCCACCCACUCACAGACAGUCAGACAUAGAUUUCCCCUCCACUUAGUGUUGUAUUUAUGCAUGUAGUAUCUGUGCAGCUUCUUCCUUUUGUCUAUCCAAUCUUACCAUCAAAAUCAAGGUAAUGGCUAUUAUUCUUACACUAGUGUGAGAAAGAAAGUCUUCAGUGCCCAACAUCAGCUGUGUGUGAUAUACUGCACACCUUUUCUCAGCUCUGACUCCACAUCCUGCAAUCUCUUUCCUAUAGUCUAAUGCAGUCAUAGCAACUUCCAGCAGACUCUGGUUGUCCCUGAGCUCAGUUCCUCCAAUGCUAAUACAUAUUGUACUCUGAAAUGCAAGUGAUGUUACCAAAGCAGGUACGGGGGUUAGAAGUAAGCCCACAAAAAUGUGUGAAGUUCUUAAUCACAGAAUCACCAGAUUGGAAAGGACCCACUGGAUCAUCGAGUCCAACCAUUCCUAACACUCCCUAAACCAUGUCCCUCAGCACUUCACCCACCCGUUCCUUAAACAUCUCCAGGGAAGGCGACUUGACCACCUCCCUGGGCAAUAAAUCUUAAUAACUUCCAAAGAAAAUAUCCCUCCCAAGCUAUAGCACCUAAGACCUGUCUGUGUUUGUUAUAUGAAUAAUUUUUCUUAGCUUGAUUCCAGGACAGAACUUCAAAUGUUUCCAUAGGCACAGUAGGUCAGCUUUCAAUGUCUAUGCUUUGCAAGGUUUAAAAAAAAACUAAAAGGAUGAUUUUCUGCUCUUUUGGGCUUUGCAUACCUUGAUGUUUCUCAAGGUAUGUCCUUGAACUGUAGAGCAGGAGAGAAGCAAGAUCCCGAAGGACGAUUGUGUAUCAUCCAAACGUAUCACCUUGUUGGACAUUGCUUACCAGGAAAAGAAGUGUGCAGGUUUGUCUGCUCCCUCUUCCCCUACUCUAGAGCCUUUCAUUACCUUGCUGUGAGAGAGGAUUUUUAGAGUGUUAUGAUUUUGCCUGUUGUGGUAUUAGUUUAAGUAUCAUCAAGCUUAGAAGCUUGGACACAGCAGAUCUAAAAAUGUACACCUCUGAGCUGAGAAGUGUAGGAUCCAGUGAUUGGUGCAAUGCCUGCAUGGCUCUGUUAAGGACUGUUUAUUUUUCCUGUGGAGAUCAUUUUGUGAGGAGAAAUGUUUCUUCAGACCCAGGUUUUGGUAAACCUCGGAUGUGAGACAAUGGUAUUUCACUAAUUGUAACAAAAUGGGGAGUUAAAAGGAGAGUAUGUUUCUACUUAGGUCAACCUCACAGGUCUAAGAGGCUGAUUACAUAUUUUCAGGCUAUGAGAUGUAGUGGUUUCAUUAUAAGCUAUGCAUGCUGGCACCAAUUUUCACUGGCCAUACAUCUUAAUUCAGGGGGAAUCGAUCAGCUAAAGCCUGAAUACGAGAUUGGCUUCCAGCGGCUUUCGGGCUCCUGUCUCUGCUCCAGCAGCAGCAGCCUCUCUGCUAAUCCCUUAAUUUCACCAUAACAAUUAUCCAUUCUGAGAUAUAGGUCUAGCAUUUCCCGUUCUUUCUUAAGAUUAAUUCAGCACAAAUAGGAUCAGUUUUGCUCCCAGCAGUUCAUAAGACAGGACUUGCAACGUUGGAGUCAAAAAUGAAUGUAGUUUUUGGGCUGCGUUUGCACAUAUUGAAUGUUAUCUGAUGGCAAGAGCUAUUGCCUGUAAAGUUCUCAGUGACAUGAAUGACCUUGUACAGUACAGUAUAUCACAAAUCUCAGAGAUUUGAACUCUGAAUUCUCAAAAGCCUCUGAAAAUCAAAUACUAUCAAGAAAGAAAUGUCUAUAUUAAUCUGAUAUCAGCAGCUCUCUCUCACCCUUAUUUUUACUGCCAACUCACUUCCUCUGUUUAUAAGGUGGCAGACAGAAUACCAUCCAUUAUCUAAGUAGAGAGACAGCCUCAGCUGUGUGGGCUGUCAGACUUGCGUUGCAAUCAAGGAGCUAAAGCAAUUUAUGGGGUCUAUUUCAGAAUGUGUAAUACUGAAUUGAUUUCCUACUGCAAUCAUCAAUGAAAGCAAUAUUUCACUUGUAUAGGAUUUUAAAUUGAAAAAAUGUAUCUCCGUUAAGAAAUGCAAAGUCUGUUCAGCCUCUCAGAAAGGUUUAUGUUAAGAAGCAGAAGAAGCUGCCCUAUAUUUAUUGCUGAUAUUAGCUUCCCAUCAAAAAAUCACCUCACCUUUGCUUUCUCCUGAAGCCAUAAUUCUUACUGAAAUUCUCUACAUCAGAGAGUCUGGAGGGAACAGAGCUUUAAUAAAUCAGAAAAGAAGUUCAGAAGUCUCAAUGUUAAGAAAUUUCCUUAGAAAAUUUACCUAGACUUUCUUGCUUUUAUCUCAAAAGAUUAAAUUAUGCAUUUAAUUCUCUUUGACUUGCUUUGUGUUGUAACAAUGCAUGGAAAUACUGCUAAGAAAAGAGCUUGAGGAGGUACUUCAUUCUUUUUUGCAAACUUACCGUCUCAUGUGAGGACAGGGAAAGACUGGAACAAUUUUCUAGGAGACUACUGGAUCUUGUUGGUGAUUUUUCAGAAUGAGUUUGAAAAGCUUCUGUCAGAGGUAGAUUCUGCUGCUUUUCUCCAGGCAGGAGAAGGGCUAGCUAAUCUCACAAGGUCUCUUUUCUUCAAGACAAGUGGUCUUUUCUCUGUCAUUUUAUGAUCACUGGCAGAAACCAGCUAUUUGAGGAAAAUAUGAUUUUCCUGGGAACACAGAUAGUUUUAUGUGCUGCAAUGUCCACUGCUAUAGCAUGUCUCUAUGACCUCAUCCCCAACAAGAGCCAGUCUAUCUGCUUCAGUGAAAAGUGCUGUGUAUCUUAACAGGAAUGUUUACACAAUAUGCUGCUUGUUGGAAAACUUUUCCUGAACUACAAACACUUACUGAUUCUUAGUAUAGACACUGACUUGCAGCAUAAAGCAUGAGCUUGGGCUAGGGGUGCUUAAUAGCCAUAAUGUCCCUGCUCCUGAGUGUAUUUUGAAGGAAUGGCUUAAAUAGGCUACUGAUGUGCAACCCAAACAACUUCCUUUCAUGAUUCUUGAUCUGUUGGGCCACUUUUCAGUUUUCUUAUCCAUCUAUAAUGAGAGAUCCGGUGUGAACUCAGAAAUGCCAGUGAUCAGGCCCUCGCUGAUCUCAACCAAAUCAGAUGCUGACUUCAAGCCAUCGUUCAUUACUCAGUUUAUGUCUGUCAUUGCUCAUGAUCCAAAGAAAAACAAAAUUAAAUGGGCUUUGUAUCAGCCCUGUAUUUAUAUUUAAAAUAAAUAGUCUUCAUAGCUAUAUUCUUUCUUCCAGUAGAUGCACUCCCAUGUUUCCAAACAUCCUUGCAGUCCUUUAUUCCGUCCACCUCCCCCCCGCCCCAAACCCUGUAUCAUAGGAUCAUAGAAUGGUUUGGGUUGGAAGGGACCUUAAAGAUCAUCCAGUU